CAUGGAUGAUAAAGAAACAUGUAGAUCAUGGAACGAUAUUGUUUCCGAUGAGGAAAUCGUUAUUUCUGGUAUUGCUGGCAGAUUUCCUAAUUCGGAUAAUAUGAAUCAGUUACGAGAAAAUUUAUUCAAUAAAAUUGAUCUUGUAAAAGAUCAUGACCGAUGGAAAAUAGAACAUGCGGAAUUUUCAUGUCGUACAGGUACUGUUAAUAACAUAAAAAAAUUUGAUGCGGAUUUUUUUGGAUUAUCUUUUGAGCAAGCACACACACUUAUACCCGAAACAAGAAUGUUACUGGAACAUUCUUAUGAAGCAAUUCUAGAUGCGGGAAUAAAUCCAAAGCAAUUACAAGGAAAAGAUACUGCUGUGAUCAUAGGGAUAUCUGUUAUUGAUGCACAAGAGAAGUUCCUAUAUGAAGAUUUUCAG